CCGCCCCCCAGAAAGAGACGGCGUAGGACGGCGACCAGUGGCGCGACCGAUGAUUGCUUCACGUGCCGCAAAAGGGCCGUCCCCUGCGAUCGCAAGAGACCCUAUUGCACCUCUUGUAUAGAGAUUGGCAAGGAGUGUUCGGGCUAUAAAACCACGCUGACAUGGGGCGUGGGCGUGGCCAGUCGAGGCAAGCUUCGGGGCCUUUCGUGCCCAGUCACCGGCAGAACUGGGGAUCACAGCAAUAACAAUAACACCAACAACAACAACAACAAAUCAACCACGACGACCUCCAUCGCCACGACUACUGCUGCUCAUCAGCAUCACGAUGACCUUCUCCUGCGCAAGAGUCCCGGCUGGCAGUUCAAUGACUACGGCAACCACAGACCAACCCCGCUCCGUCAGCACUCUCUUCAGCGCAUCCCCACCGCCGGGUUGGGGCCGCAGUACGAUGCGCUUGGCACUCCCAACUCUGCCAGUUCCUGCGAUUCGUACAUGGAUCAUGGUUUCAAUUGGGGCAUGGAGUACCCGGUCACCCCGGGAUCGAUCGCCUACAGCGACUCUUAUCCACCAGGGACAUCUGCAUCCUACACGAGUCAGCCUCUCAGCAGUUCCAUUGAGAGUCUGGGCUCGAACUUCAACACUUCGUCUGUGGGAUCAUAUGGAGAUUACAUGAGUUCUAGCAUGGAAUCCAUACAGAGCACAGACUCUUAUGGUCAGAUGAAUAUUACGCCGACGGAGACGCCACAGUACAGCACAAGCCCUGUCUACCAGGAUGAGACCCUGUUCAGUCCCAUGGCGGAUCCUCUAUUCACAAAGCACAACCCCUUUGACUCACUCGACUUCAACCUCCAUGAAGAAGAGGAAGACACCAACCAUACUCAGCUAUCCAUCUUUGAUGCGCGAUGGAGCAGCCCCUUCUUCGCCAUGAGUCCUCGCAUGCAAUGCUUGAUGGAGUACUAUGAUCGUCAUAUCUGUCCCUACUUGAUCGCUUUCGAUGGACCAGAGAAUCCCUAUAGGAAGCAUAUACUACAGCUGGCAGUGCACAAUGAGGGACUGCAGAAUGCCAUUGCUGCCCUCGCCAUGAACAACAUCAGAAUGAGGAAGCAACCUCCUCCAAAGCAAAUGGCUUUUUUUGACGAGAUCACGGACGCAUUCGAUGGCAGUGCCAAGCCAAGGGAACAGAAUGAAGCCAGUGCAGAAGAGACCUGCUACAAGCAAAUGUCCAUCGAUAUGCUCAACAUGCAAUUGACCGAUUCGCGAGCGGCACAGGAUGACUCGGUGAUUGCGACACUACUCAUCCUCUGUCUGUUCCACGUGUGCGAUUCCGGCUUCAGCAAGUUCAAAACCCAGCUGGCUGGCGUACAGAAGCUGCUAUCAUUGCGAAGCCCAAGUGGUCAGUCCGACUUCACCAACUGGGUGGAGAUGUUCUUCAUUUGGUUCGAUGUCAUGACUUCGGCCGUGAACGAUCGCGAGAUGCAGAUCACGGGCGAGUCCCUGGACAUGCUGGACUUCUCUUCCAACCUGGGAGCGCUCGAGCACUUCUCCGGCUGUGACGGCCGUCUCUUCAAGCUCAUUGCCAGGCUGGGCCGGCUCAAUCUUCUUUCACAAGGCCGGCCGGUCCGUCCUCAGAGUAACAUGCCAUGGCCACAUACCUCACACAAUGCGCGCCAUGCGCCACUACGCAGGAGGCACGGAGCCUCCCAGUCCGUUGAUAUGAUCAAUUACGACUCUCUCGAUGGCAAUGGAUGGGCGACGCCGACCAUGUCGUCUGACGACGAGAUGUCUGGAUCGCCCGAUGAGGGCAAUUACCACGGACCGACUGCGCAGCUUGAUGGACGCGCCGAGUUCUGGGCCGAAUGGAACGACGUUCGCGCUCGUCUCCAAGCGUGGCAAAUGGACCCGACGGGUGCUCGGGCCACAGCGCCACCGGACGGCACCAACAGUCGUGAAGUCGAGCUCGGUCAGCGAGACAUGCUGCACAUCAACGAAUCAUUCCGCUACUCUGCACUCCUGUACACGGAGCGUCUGGGCUCCCCUCUCCUGCCUUCCUCCCACCCCAACUUUCAAAAGUACGUGUCCAAUGCGCUCUUUCACAUCACCGCGCUGGAAAUCACGUCCUGCGUCAACAAAUUCCUGCUGUGGCCCCUGUUCAUCGUGGGCACCGAGUGUGUGGAUGAGGGCCAUCGCAACAUCAUUCGUGCACGCUGUGUCGAAGUGCAAAAGGAAAGUGGAUUCUGGAAUAACAUCUCGGGCUUGGAUGUGCUGGAAAAGGUGUGGAAAGAGGUGGGCAACAACGUGCAAGGCAUGGAGGCUGCUGAGAUCAAGGCUCGCAGGAGAGAUUCUGCAGCAGGACGUACGGGACGUUAUGGACAGGCCUUUCGAUGGCGCAAGGCCAUGGAUCGCGUGGAUGGAGAGUACAUAUUGAUCUGA